AUGGCACCUCUGGUUGAAUCUUUCACGCCUGCCGAGCUGGCCUCGCGUAUUAACAAACUGCCAAGUGGCAAAGCGCGCAAGCCGGCAGUCGCGGACCUGGCCAAAGACUGUGAGCUCAAGGAGCUGAUUCAGUACAAUUGCGAUCUAAACGGGCCAAGAGAAGACCCCAGGAGUAAGGUCGUAUGCGAGCCCGUAUUGAGGCUAUUCAGACAGUAAGUCUCGAUUGGGUCCCGUUCGCCGUAGCUGUCGAUUUUUGGUCACUGAAUCUGUACGACAGAUGCGCGAAUGGGUUGACGGUCGAGACGACUGCUUGGGAAGGGAGAUUCGGGAGAUGA